CAGCCACGAGUGCAUGAUUCUUUGAAAAUAUAUUUCCAGACUCAGUUGGUUACAAGAUCAAAUCAAUAAUCUCGAUAAGUAGAAUAGUGAAGUACGCAAAAGCCAGAAUCAUACAAAAGUCUACUGGAUGUACCCUGUACGUUAUCAGUGGAGGUAAGGGCCCAACCACUUCUGCGCAAAGUUUCUAGCAAACACAGGGGUAUGCUCACCCCCAUCAAUGCCGGGCCAUUAACAUUUUCACAGCUUGCAAUAGAGUCAGUCGGACUGACUUUUCCACAUACACAGCAAUGCCGCCUCCCGCGAAGUGCCGGUGCAGCUCCAAAAGCAGUGAGAGGCUACCUGGGCUGAGCCAUGUAAACUGACAAUGGAAAAGUGCCUUUCUCGCCUUUCUCAGCUCCUUCCGGCAGGUGAAGGUAAACCCCUUGCUAUCGAUCAAAUGGAGAAGAUAUCUCGCUGCUGUGGGCUCCGCUUUGAUUGUGACGGUGGGAGUGGUGGUAUGCAGUCUUGCUACAUAAGCUGCGAUAACUUCUUCUUGGAAGUGGAAAUGACAGCAGAGAACCUAGUCAGUGAGGUGAAGCUUGGCCAUGGCAAAGAGCCACGGGCGCAUCCUCUCCUUCGACAACUGCUGAUGACUGGUAGAUAUGCUACGUUCAUGCGUCAUCUGCGUGGUCUUGUUGCAAUCUACGACCUCCCUGGUCCCAAAGAAGACCGUUUGAGCAUGUAUGCAGCACUGUGUGCAGUGGAGGAGGAUUUGCUAGCAGUCAGUAAUACUAGAAAGGUUGAAGGCGAUCUUCCGCAUGUGAUAAUGGAGCACCCGUUGGGUUUAGUACAGCGACGUGAAUGUGGAAAGCUGAUGUCAACUACGUUCUUCAUCUCGCCUGAGAAUGCUUUGGAUCUGAAGUCUGACAUAGCAGCAGAGCGGCAUGGGGUGUGUGGUCAUGUUGGGAUAGCUACAACGCUUGGCAGUCAUUCAUUGCCGUCUCGACCUGUGCAUCGUGUGGAAGAAGGCAGUUCCAACGUCACAUUCGUUCCGCUUGAUUCAAGCAACACUUUGAACGUCCCAUGCACGUUUAUGUUCCAUCUUAGCAAAAGCGUCGCUGCACCUUCGUCAGUCACCCAUUCAAUCCUAGAAAUGACGGAUAUGAAAGAUUCGGUUCUGACACCAUCCGGUACUUUACACAAUGUUCUAUUCAACGAGGUGUUCAAGGGCUCUGCUGCUGGCCAGAUCAAGCCGAAGGACAGCACGCAUCGGCAUGAUGUUGCUGUGCCCAGUGGUGUGUUUGCUUUCUUCGUUCGGCCUCUCAAGAAAGACUCUGGCGCAGAGGAAACUGCCGUGGAGCUGCAGGACAUCAACUUCACACACCCUAAACAACUCCUUCGCGUUAUACAGGUAUUACGACAGCAACUGGCCUAUAACAGCCUAAUCCAGAGCUGCUUUGCCUCUUCGCCAGUAUCCCAGCAGUACUCUACGAUUCAGAUCAUUGACGUGGAAGGCGAUGGCAUUUCUGUGAUCCGUAUCACUCUCGAACAUCCGCUUUCCCGUAACCUAGCUUGCAUUCUAUUGCAGAUUGCACCAGGUGGUGUAGCUAGUGCCGAGCUGCAUCUUGUUGAAGGAGAUAGUAGACCCUGCUGCAAUGCAGUCAUCACAAAGAUUGUAGCCAGCUGUAUGUCCAUACCGGCGUUAGUGCACUCCGUACGCAAGAGGUGCUCCGCACAAUAACUUAGCUAGAGACCUUGUGGAGGCAUCGACGCACCCAGACCUGCCCCGUACACUUGGGUAGUAGCAACAAACUGUGCCAGCGGCGGCGAGAAUAUCACCUGGAGGCAUCUUGGCUUGGUACCGCUUUAUUGGCGUAUUGAAUCAUUCCGCUUACCAUGUGUAUGUCGCUGUACGUGGUACCUGCGCUGAACAUGUUUGUUUGAUUUGUUUCUUCUAAAGCAGCAGUACAUGUACCCCACUACACGGCAGGCAGUGUGACUGGUGUCGCUGGCACUAGUGAUAUGUUUCACAUUAGUUUCCUAACCGUAUUUUUUUAGUCUUUAAUCUUUUGUACAGAAAGGAGCCUGAAGAGAUCAUUAUGCAUGGUGGUGAAUGUCCAGCCGAGUUGUUUUGCUUGCUCGUAAGUAAUUAGUUAGUUGUCUGCCUCUUUUCAUAGGGAAUGCAGGCCUCCCUAAAAACAUGAUGAUUGUACGAAACACACAUGAUUCAGGCUUUGCAUAUGAAAAGCUUCCAGACUUUUGAACUUUGCCUUGAUUUUCUUGUAUAUUUCCUAUCCGUUUUCGGUUGCAACAAGUAUGUAUAUUUUAUUUUCUCAACUUACUUGAUAUUUCAAUAUGUUCUUAGCUGUGAGCCUGGUCUGCCCAUGGCUUUCAUCUUGUUUUCAGCCUUACUUGUUUGCCUUUGUGCAGGCUGUAUUUUAUCAAGAAAGUUAGUGUUCGACGAGCUUUGUCA